AUGCCGUUGGAUAACGAUGGUGACUGUAGCUUAACGGAGCUCAUCUCCUCUAUCCUCGACCGCAUCCCAAACCUUCUCAGCUUCAAAUCCAAAUGGUCCUCGAUCCGCGUCAAACUCGCCGAUCUCAACACUCACCUCUCUGAUAUUCCCGCCUCUUCUUCUUCCAACCAGCUAGCUCUGGAUCUCCUCCUCUCCGCUCGAGAGACGCUCCACAACGCCUCCUCCGUCGCGGCUAGGUGCGAGGGUCCGAGUUUAUCUGAGAGAAAUCUCAAUACGCAGAGCGACGUCGACUCGGUCAUGGCUCGACUCGAUCGCCACGUGAAGGACGCUGAUGAAGCUGCGGCGAGGAAUCUAGUUAUCCGAUUACAGAUCGGUGAACCGAAGUCGAAGAACUCGGCGAUUGAAUCUUUGCUUCGGGAAGAUGAUAAGAACGUGAUGAUAUCCAUAGUUCAAGGUGUUGUUCUCGUUCAGGUUCGGUUGCUCGAUUCGUGUAGUUUGAGCAUGAAGGAGAAGGUUGUAGCCGUGAUUUCAAGAAUCUCAACGGUGGAGAGCAGUAAACACGUGUUGAUAGCUGAAGGGCUGAACCACCUCCUUCGUGUGUUGGAAUCAGGAAGUGGUUUCUAA